AUACGACGCUCUCAGUCGUCAUCGCAUCCAUCUUACGAACGCACGAUCCGAUGGGCGAAUACGACGAAUAUAAAUAAUUCGACGACUGUUUGUUGUUGCUCGUGAACAAGGACAAUAGAAGACUCUGGUUUACACGGUGUUUACAGCCGAAGGGAUCGACCAGCUGGGUUACUCUGGAGAAACACAGUAACCGGUGACGUUCUGCGAAGUAUCAGCCGCCACUGUAGAAAGACUGCACGCAUUGGGUUGCAAAAACCACCGUGACACGGAUCUCGAUAUGAGGUUAGAUUCCGCGUUACUCCGCGCUGUAGACGUAUCUCACGCUCUACCGUUUAUCCCUCCUGCGUUGGACAUUCAAGUUAAACAUUAAGUUACGGCCAGACCUGACUGUCACUUCUGUGUUAGAUGGACUGUGUAAUAUGGACUGUUGAAGAAGAGCAUAGUUCUUGUGUACAGUGGUGAUAAGGUCUGGUACUUUAUCUGUGUGUUGAUGUGUAUAUGCCAUUCGUGUGUUAUGUUCCCACCUCGAUGAGAUUAGGGACUGUGGAAUCAUGACGGAUCCAGAAUACGAUAUGGGUCCUACGACGGAGGUGAAAUAUCCAGUACCUCCUGAAUUUGACGACGAGCAAACGUUAGACGAAGAAGAAGCUUUAGAAGGUAGUGAAGAUUCUCACGAGUUGUCCAAUUUGCAAAAGGAGGGUGAUAUGCCGCUGAAAGAUCUGCUUGCCAUGUACGGCUACGGCGAUCCCUCGACGGAGAACUCGGACAGUUCCGAUCACAUGUUGCUGCCGUCCGGGAGCGGGGAUCCCGAGACCGAGGAGCGUUACUCCGACAAAGGUGACAACGACGCGGACGACGACGACGAUGACGACGAGGCCGAUGCAAACAGCAACGAGCCGGAUCUCAAGCAAUUCUACACGGAGAUGCUGGUGAAAGGGAAGGAUAAGACAUCGUCGAUCCCAACGACGAAAAACAAUAGCGGCAGCGGGGGGACGACCGGUGGGGAUAGCAGGAGGCACAGAAUCGACGAUGACGACGACGAUGACGAAGAUGCCGAAGCUGAAGAGUGCGCGAUGACGGGUCCUCGAAGCGGGAGCGGGAACGCUAGAUCGUCGCCUACGGCUGCGGGGACCAAUGCCGUCGCAUGCACCGGCAUGGUGAAUCUGGGAGGCUGUUCAGCGACUGAUGCCACUAACAGUGCUGCGGAUGGAGCCACCAGCGGCGCGAUAGACGUGCCGGAAGACGGGAUUGUCAGCGCUGGAAUAGGAAGUGGUAGUUCGAGACUCUUGCGAAGUGUUUCCAGACCCCAGAGCGAAGAAGAAGAGGAUGACUGCGACUACAGUCCGGACGAGGAGGAGUGGAAGAAGACCAUCAUGGUCGGUAGCGACUUUCAAGCUGCGAUACCGGAAGGCCUGUGGUUCUACGACGACGCGUUGCCAUACGAGAAUGAAGACAAGCUGCUGUGGGAUCCCACCCCGAUAUCUGAAGAGGAUACAAAUGAAUUCCUGGAACGCGCGCAACUCCCGGCGGUAAAGGGUGGCUCGUUACCGGCUGGAUCGCAUAUCAGAGACGACGAGCAGGCCUUGUAUCUCUUGCUGCAGUGUGGCUACAAUCUCGAGGAGGCUCUGCGAAGACGCAGAAUGAAUGUGGUGCCUCCGACGGAAGCGGUGAGUCUCUGGUCGGAAGAGGAAUGCCAUAAUUUCGAAUCGGGACUGCGGGCCUACGGGAAAGAUUUCCAUCUUAUACAGAAAAAUAAGGUUAGAACAAGAUCCGUGGGAGAAUUAGUGCAAUUUUAUUACCUGUGGAAGAAAACCGAACGGCACGACAUAUUCACGUACAAAGCUCGAUUAGAAAAGAAAAAAUACGCGCUACAUCCUGGUAUCACGGACUAUAUGGACCGAUUCCUCGAGGAGCAGGAGGGGGUGCGGGAUCGCAGCAGCUCGCCGAACGUUAAUUAUCUGUUGUACGGCGACGCGAAGCGGCAGAGGUCCAGCGUCAACAUCGCCAACAACGACGAGGCCAAGCCGGCCGAUUCCUGGGACGGGAAUCCCGUGGCGGAUCCGCUGGCGGACAUCAACGGUCCGACGCCGCCUCCGCCUCCGCCGCCUCCGCCGCCGCCGCCUCUCGCAACGUCCGCUGCGACCACCGUCUCCUCCUCGACGCUCUGCAAUCCCAGUGUUCUGAACACACCGACAUCGUAUUGCCCGCCGUCCGCUCGUCACCCGGACGGCCCCGAGUCGGAAUGUGCGAACGCGUGGAGUGCGGCGUCUCGAACUCAACCUACCUCCUCCGUCAUCACGACGAUAACGAUCAACACCACCACAGCCGCGGCGGCGGUAACAGCCGUCGGUUCGAUGAACACGGUUACCACCAGUUCCACCGCCGCCACCGCGACCGCCGCCGCCGCUGUCGCGGUCUCAAACAAUUACUACCAUCAGCGAGUGACGUCGUCCAGGAGCAACGAUUCUCACGACUCGCCUUCGCCGGAGAACAUUUUACCUCAUCUGCCCCCUUAGCGUCUAACCCGACCUUCAGGUGUCCAACCUGAAAGGCGGCGGAUGUCCUUGCGCGGUGUGCCUAACACGGCACUCACACCAUCGCUAUUGUCGUAACGCAUAAUAUUCGUUAAUAUCAAGGAUUAUAUUUUUAUACCGUAUCGUAACAUGAUUAUCAAUCGUCCUUAGCGUGAGUGCGUGAUGUACAGUGGUGCGUGGUACGAUGGAGGGACGCACAGUGAGGUGGUGCGAAAGAGCGAGCGUGUCACUGUACGGAAAGGUACAAUAGAUGAGGAAGCGAGAAAUAAAGCGAAGAAAGAGAAGACGCGAGUCACUGUAAAACAUUCUUUCUAUUCCCCCCUCCUCUCUGUAUCCACACACCUACAUGUCCCAUGGGAAAGGUAGAUAUAUCUUGAAGAGGCUUGUUAAGAGGGAAAAUGUCGGUGGGGACCAGCGGAGGAGUGGAAUAGUAUAUUACAUACCGCGAAAAAUGAGAAAUUAUGUAGGUAGAUGAUUGUACUGCGUAAUUGAUCACGAUUCAACUUGUCGGGAAAGCUGUCUCUCUCUCCACACACAUACAUACACCCACACACAUACAGAUCAGCGGUAUAUUUAUAACAAUCACGAGAAAUCUCUUGCGGAGCAAUCUUGUCAUUCCGUAAAAUGCGAUGAUCAUUGGAACCGGUCGGAUUAAAUGAAAGUCAGAGUGGAGGCAUGAUCGUCAUUAUUUUAAUGUAACGAACGCGCGUAAUCAGCGGUUCUGAUGAUUCGUUCUGUCCCUCGUUAAGUGUAGUUGGCUGUGUAUAAAAUUAUAUAGUUUGUAUUCUCACACUUUCCUAGAGACUAUUUAAGGAUCACGAGACACUUCUAAUUUACUGGAUAUGCAUUACUUUAUGUUCGAUCAUUUAUAAAUAGUGUUGAAUAUAAAAGUACACGCUAAAUUAAAAA